AUGUCAUGGUCAUUCGCAACUCACUGGAAGUCUGAAGGUCGUGUCUGGACUCUCGACAACUCAAGCCUGCCAUCGGUGGAUGGGGAACCCGUGGUACUCGACUCUACGCCAAUUCCCGAUGCCAAUGACGUUCCUCCACCUUCGAGCCCACUGCGCGGUGAGCCUGAAGCCGAUGGUAAGGUCGAUGAAGAAGAUGAGGACGAGGAUGAGGAGAUGGAGUGGGAGCUUCUCCCAGACUACAGCAAGAAAUUCAAGGAGAAGAGGAAGAAGAGAAAGGAGGAGUCCGACGACAAGGCCGCCUCGAAGAAGGUCAAGACCGCUGGCUCGGUAGCUGGAGCCAAAGCUGCCAACCCCGCCAAACCCAAGGCUUCCAAGGCUGCGAAGGCUGCCGGGUCAGCGGCUUCGAAGAAGCGCAAGGCCGACAGCGACGACGACGACGACGACGACGACGACGACGAGAACGAGUUGCCCGCAGAGGCAAUGGUCAAGAUCGAGACCACCUCACGUUCCGGUCGCAAGAUCACGCGACCACAAACCUUCUCUCGCUGA